AUGGCCGCCUCCACAAUGGCUCUCUCCUCCCCAUCCUUCGCCGGUCAGGCGGUCAAGCUCUCCCCCUCCACCCCAAGCCUCUCCGGCGGCCGCGUCUCCAUGCGCAAGACCGCCACCAAGUCCGUCUCCUCCGGCAGCCCCUGGUACGGCCCCGACCGCGUCAAGUACCUCGGCCCCUUCUCCGGCGAGGCCCCCAGCUACCUCACCGGCGAGUUCCCCGGCGACUACGGCUGGGACACCGCCGGCCUCUCCGCCGACCCCGAGACCUUCGCCAAGAACCGCGAGCUCGAGGUGAUCCACUGCCGGUGGGCCAUGCUCGGCGCCCUCGGCUGCGUCUUCCCCGAGCUCCUCGCCCGCAACGGCGUCAAGUUCGGCGAGGCCGUGUGGUUCAAGGCCGGCUCUCAGAUCUUCAGCGAGGGCGGCUUGGACUACCUCGGCAACCCCAGCUUGGUCCACGCCCAGAGCAUCUUGGCCAUCUGGGCCUCGCAGGUCGUGCUCAUGGGCGCCGUCGAGGGCUACCGCAUCGCCGGCGGCCCCCUCGGGGAGAUCACCGACCCCAUCUACCCCGGCGGGAGCUUCGACCCCUUGGGGCUCGCCGAUGACCCCGAGGCCUUCGCCGAGCUCAAGGUGAAGGAGAUUAAGAAUGGGAGACUUGCCAUGUUCUCGAUGUUCGGAUUCUUCGUUCAGGCCAUCGUCACCGGAAAGGGGCCGUUGGAGAACCUCGCCGACCACCUUGCCGACCCGGUCAACAACAAUGCAUGGGCCUUUGCCACCAACUUUGUGCCCGGAAAGUGAGAGAGAUAUUUAUGUAUAAGAAGAGUGUUGAGGUUGAGAUUGUUGCUUUCAUGAUCACUUGUAAAGUUGAAUGUGAAUUAUGGUAAUAGAAAUGCUAUAUCUUGAGGUUCA